AUAUUUAUGGUUCAAAAUAAAUCAGCCAGCUCGUGUUAUAUGCAAAAUAUACACAGCAGGUUCAAAUGAUGUAGAAUACAUCAGAUUUUGAGCAGUUACUUGUGAGACUGAGAUUAAUAAAAUACUUCAUGCUAGCUGUUUUCAGAUAAUUACACCAAACAUGGACAUCUAUAUGUUUUGUGACAUAAUAAUGUAGCAUUUUCCUUACCCAAGAUAGUCUAUCACAGUGAAAUUCUGUAAACUUGUUUUGAAAGGUAUUUUGUAAUCUGGCUGACACUUAAGUUCCACUGUGGCUGCUUUGUGAGUCUGAAGUUAGAAUUACAAUCUAUGGAGAAGAAAUAAAAACUUUGGGGUUUGCCGACGCACUGUAAUUCUGUCAGAGACAGCAAAGGACCUGGACAAGCAAAUGAACUGAAUGGGCAGUGUCUUGAAAGGAGGAUAUAACUUGAACAUCAACAAAAGCAAAACAAGGGUAAUGGAAUGCAGUCAAAUUAAAUCAGGUGAAGCUGAGGGAAUUAGAUAUGGAAAUGAUUAGUAUAUAAAUUUUGCUAUUUGGGGAGCAAAAUAACUGACGAUGGUCGAAGUAGAGAGGAUGUAAAAUGGAGACUGGCAAUGGCAAGGAAAGUGUUUCAGAAGAAGAGAAAUUUGUUGGGUAGAUCACAUAACUAAUAGGAAGACACUGAAUAGAAUUGGUGAGAAGAGAAAUUUGUGGCACAACUUGACUAGAAGAAGGGAUUGGUUGGUAGGACAUGUUCUGAGGCAUUAAGGGACCACCAAUUUAGCAUUGGAGGCAGUGUGGAGGGUAAAAAUCGUAGAGAGAGACCAAGAGAUGAAAAGGCCUACACUUAACAGAUUCAGAAGAAUGUAGGUUGCAGUAGGUACUGGGAGCCGAAGAAUCUCGCACAGGAUAGAGCAGCAUGGAGAGCUGCAUCAAACCAGUCUGGACUGAAGACCACAACUAGUACUACAACAACACCAAGUAACACCACACAACAAUUGUAUGUAAAUCAGCAACAUUUAAUUGCCAAGAAAUACCUUAUAAAGGAGCAAUACGUCACUCAGACCCCAGUAUGAGAGGUACAUCUGUUGUGAAGAUGUGAGGAGACAAGCAGGUUAAAAGCUUGUGCCCAGUCACUCACUGACCAAUCUGGUGAGAUAGCGGAAGUUUUUAAUUUGAAAAAUCAUUCAUGCGGGAGAAAUCACACAGACAUGCAUUCAUUUGACAAAGAUGACGUAUAGAAACGGGCAUCUCUGGCACUGAGAAAGGACUGAAACAGCGGAAAACAAGUAGGUUGUCACAUAUUGAUGGAAUACCCUUUCAGUUUUACAGAGAAUACUCUACAGCAUUGGCCUCUUAGCUUGUGUUUAUCAUGAAUUUCUCACCCAGCAUAAAAUUCCAUAUGAUUGGAAAAAAAGUGCAGGUGACUCCUGUACAUAAGAAGAGAAAAAGAACAGACUUGCAAAAUUACACGCCUGUAUCCUCAAUACUAGUCAGCUGCAGAAUUCUUUAAUGUAUUCUAAGUUCAAACAUAAUAUGUUUCUUUGAGGCAGAAAAGCUGCUGUCCACAAAUCAGCAUGGAUUUAGAAAGCAUCACUGAGGCAAUACUCAGCUUCCCCUUUUCUAGCAAUAUAUCCUGCAAACAAUGGAUGUAAGACAACAGGUAUAUUCCAUAUUCCUAGAUAGCAUUCAACAUGAUAAACCCACAGCACACUGCAAAUAAAAAUCCAAGUGUACAGAAUAGGUUCCCUGAUAUGUGAAUGGUUUGAAUACUUCUUAAGUAAUAGAAACCAGUACGUUGGCAUCAAUCACAAAUACAAUAGCAUUAUCAGGACUACCGGUACUCCAGGAAGAGUGAUACGACUGGUCUUGUGUUCUAUCCGUAUAAAUGAUAUGAUGGACAGGAUCCUUAAUUGUAGUUGAAUGACUUCCAACUUGUAUUAGUCAUUUGUAGGUUGUUGUAAUGCUACAAUUUAUUUACAAGUUGCCUGUUGGCUUCUGCCUCUGGUUCUUCAGAUGAUGUUUAUUUGACGAUUUUUCUGACUUUAGUGGCUGACAAAACUUCAGAAAAAUCAAAUGUUGGCCAAAGAACAGAGGCAGAAGCCAACAAGCAACCUGUCAAUAAAUGGCUACGAAAGCCUUCACUGCAGUUUGUAUGUCAUAUUGUAUUACACUGGGCAGUCAUUAACUACGUUGAUAAGUAUUAUGUAUGCCUGUUACUGGCAAUGGUUCAGAUGAUCACCUGCAAGGGGGUUGAGCAGACUACUUGCAACUGUGUUACACUUGGGUGUCUUCUUUUGUUAAUAUGUGAAUUAGGCCCUUAAUAUUUUUUCAAAGCAUUGAUUACACAACAGUGAUGUGCUCAACAGUUACUUAUUAUGAAAACUAUAAGCACAAAAAGAAAAAUUUAAAACUGGCCUAAUGUACUCAACUUUACCAUACAGAAUUACCAUAAAUCAGUCAAAAAUUCAUUUUAAGACGAUUAAAAAUUUUGAGACUUUAUAUGAAGACCUGCUGCUCCGUAUUACAGUAAACACUACGUACAUAACAUUAAAUGGGGCCAUAUAAAAACCAAAACCAAACAGAUGGAUUGUCAACAACUAUGGCAACAACAACUACUUGAAGUGGCGGCAUACUUCGGCGAAACAACAACGAUGCAAUGCACAGACUCAUUAACAAGCUGCCAUCAGUGCUGCUCAGAUGUCCAUUCAGAACUCGUGGCGCAUGUGCUUUGACGGCUGUAUUAAUCCAAAAUUCCAAAGUAUCGCUUGCACGUGUUGGUCGCUGUAGCAUCAGUUUAGAAUAUCUCUGACGUUGAUGUGCGUGGAUGGAUCAGCUGUGGUGAAAAACACUGUGCCAACAACACGACUUCAGUGAGAAAAUGGAGAUACAGGUGACACCGGUCGAGGACGACAGCGGAUGCGCGGCGUCAGAGCUGAAGGAAGGAGAAGAUGGCUGCUCCGAGGCGUGGCGCUGGUGGCGCUCCCUGGGCAGCCCGCGCUUCGUGCUGGCGCCAAUGGUGGACGCCAGCGAGCUGGCGUGGCGCCUGCUGAGCCGCGAACUGGGCGCACAGCUCUGCUACUCGCCCAUGCUGCACGCCGCCGUCUUCGCGCGCGAUCCCAAAUACCGCCGCGACGCGCUCGCCUCCUGCCCCGAGGACCGGCCGCUCAUCGUACAGCUGUGCGGCAACUGCCCCGAGACGCUGGUGUCGGCGGCGCUGCUGGCGCAGGACCACUGCGACGCCAUCGACGUCAACCUGGGCUGCCCGCAGGCCAUCGCGCGCCGCGGCCGCUACGGCGCUUUCCUCCAGGACGACUGGCCGCUGCUCGCCGACAUCGUGAGCUCGCUGCGGCGCGCGCUGCGCGUGCCGGUGACGUGCAAGAUCCGCGUGUUCGCCGAGGUGGAGCGCACGGUGGCGUACGCGCGCAUGCUGGAGUCCGCGGGCUGCCAGCUGCUGGCCGUGCACGGGCGCACGCGCGAGCAGCGCGGCCCGCUCACCGGCCUGGCCUCGUGGCCGCACAUCGCCGCCGUGGCGCGCGCCGUGCGCCUGCCCGUCGUCGCCAACGGCAACGUGCGCUGCCUGGCGGACGCGCGCCGCUGCCUGCGCGAGACGGCCGCCGCCGCCGUCAUGAGCGCCGAGGGCCAGCUGCGCAACCCGGCGCUGUUCGCGGGCCGCUCGCCGCCGGCCUGGGAGCCCGCGCUGCGCUACCUGCAGCUCGCCGCGCGGCACCCCUGCCCGCCCUCCGUCGUGCGAGGGCACCUCUUCAAGCUCUUCCAGCACUGCCUCUGCCUUGAGGAACACAAAGACAUUCGUAGUCGAAUAGCAACAGCUGGUUCAUUGGAGGAGAUGGGUGAUGCUGUGCAGGAACUGCGUGAUCGUUUGCUGCCUCUGCAUGAGGGACUCUCCCCAAGACCGUGGGAGCCACCACCGGAAACAGGAUAUGAUUUGGUGCUGCCUCCAUGGAUCUGUCAGCCAUAUGUGCGUGAUCCCCCAGAGGUGCACCUUCAAAAAGUGGCACAAAAUCAGACAGCUGGAGCCACUUCAGAGUCUGUGGAGGUGGAUACGACUGUUGGUGGUGAUGCAGAGAAAGAGAAUCAUGAUGGUGUGUCUCAGAAAAGGCAAAGGGAGAGCAGUGUAGAAUCCACUUGCAGCAAAUCUCAAUCAAAAAGGUUAUUGAAGAAGAUGAGGAAACUACAGAGGAACCCAAACAAAGUGUUCAAUGGAAGAAAGGGAGUAGAGAAGUGUGCAGAAUGUCCCAAUCCAAUGGGCACUAAAUGCGAGCACCAGUUAUGCAAAGCAUGCUGCCGAACACUGUGUUAUACACAAGAUAAGGAUUGUCCUGGACACCGCAUUCUUAUUAAGACGAGGCGAGAAAGGGCACGGCACUUUGCUGCUUUGCAACACGAGCCCCAGGAGGACAGUUGUCAGCCGGGUGAAGAUCUCGAUGGGGAGGUGGAUAUGGACAAGGAAGACAAACAAGAUAUAGAAGGAUGCCUUUUAACUGCAGAAAAUGAGUCAUAACAUGGACUACUGGUGUUUCAUAACACUGUAUCUAUUGUAAAUAAAAUUUGUUACAUUGUU